AUGGAAUCGCGCGGGAUGAUGAUGUCGAACCUGUCAUGCGACGGCUGCGCGGACAGCGAUAGCGACUCGGACAAUAGCAGCAUGAUCGUGGACCCGGUGAGUCUCGACAAGAACGAUACGUCACCUUCCCAGUCGUCGUCGAGUCCGAUAAUACCGAGCUCCCCGAUACCCGCGACAACCUCCUCGAGAAACCGCGGCGGGAGUCGUAGCAAGAAGAACUACUCGAUGAUGUCGGCGACGGGGCAACAGAAGACGACCAGCUCGUCGGGUCAGACGUCCGCAUACGGGAACGACAAAAUGUCCUCGUCCCUGAUCAAACCACCGUACUCGUACAUAGCGUUGAUCACGAUGGCGAUUCUCCAAUCGCCGCAGAAGAAGCUCACGCUGAGCGGUAUCUGCGAGUUUAUCAUGUCCCGGUUCCCCUAUUACCACGACAAAUUCCCCGCCUGGCAGAACUCGAUUCGACACAAUCUGUCCCUGAACGAUUGCUUCAUCAAGAUCCCACGGGAACCGGGCAAUCCUGGUAAAGGAAACUACUGGACCCUUGACCCAUUGGCCGAGGAUAUGUUUGAUAACGGUAGCUUUUUACGACGCAGGAAGAGGUACAAGAGGCCUCCGCCUCAUUAUGUUCUUCGCGACAGAGCGAUCAUGGCCACUUUCGCUAUCUGUGGGGAUCGAGGACCUUGCCCAGGCGGCGGCGGUCAUCCUGGUGCUCUGAGCUAUCCCAGCGCGGCGUAUCUGUCGCCACCACCUGGUUUACCCUUGCUGGACUUCUCCCCGUCGACUCUGGAGGCUCUGAAACUUGGAGGUUUUCUGGAACCGCCGCCUCCGUUGUACAAACCGGUACCAAUCACCGCACCACCCAUCAGACAGAUCGACCCGACGCCCACAAGGGCCACGACGAUACCAACGAGUCAUCCGCCAGUUGACAAGAAGAGGAACUUCAGUAUCGAUGCUCUGAUCGGGAAACAGGCGGCGAACGAUCAGAACUGCGGCGGACUGUUGGAUCUCAGCCCGACGGAGCACAGGGAGAUCAGGAGUCAGGCGUCCGCGUUCUCACCCCUGGUUUAGGGGAUCCAGAGAUUUUGUUCCAGUUUUAGGGCUUUUGGUUCUAGGGGUUAGGAGAUAUACUGGGGACCUCUGUGUACUGAGAACUGUUUUUCCAUU